AGGAGUCAGACAGUGACGAGACGUGUGGACUCUGAUGCUGAGGGGGACCUGAACGCGUAUCAAAGCGCGCACUCAUCAGAUUUCCGUGCAUGUAGUCGGCGGUGGUGCGUGUGCGUCUGUGUGAGGUAACCGCACUGUUACUAUUUUUAGAAGCAACGUUGCGGUGGUGGAAUCAAUCAAAGUGGGUUGGCAUUCACUGUCAUGUGGUGGUGGUGCUGCUGCUGCUCCUUUUAGUGCCUCCCGCACAGCUUCCGUGCACUUGAUCAUCAUGGGACAGGGUAUCGCUUGAUGUUUUUUCCAUCUCAGCUCAAAUUUGUUGGCGUUUCGUCGUGGCAAAGAACACCGGUGGAUGCAAACUUUUGCGCCAUGGUGGAAUCUGCACUACUUCGGGGCAACAACCCGUUGCUCGCCUUUGGUAGAUCGGGUAGUUUUAUUCAGUUUCACCACCUGUCAAGAGAACAUUGCAUUUCGGAAUGAAAAUGACGAGUGUUGAAUGACACAUCAGCGCGGGAGGUGCACGCCGCUUUCUCACCUGUCAAGCGUGAAAAAAACAUUUUUUUCUUAUGGGAAUUAAGCACUCGUCCCGUUGCAUGCUCCUCAGGAGAAAAAUGGCGGAAUCUGAGAGCAGUGAGCAGCCACAGCCACAGCCGGUCCGCAUCAUUGCAUCACAGUCGGCUCAGCCAACCUCUUUGCCAAAGCCUGUGCCUUGCACCCAGCCCAUCCCAAGACCUCUUCACCCAUCACAUACACCACAUGCUGCCAGCUUUCCAAGCUGCCCUGGACGGGGAAGGAUGGGAAAGCUGUGUAAUCCUGAGGAGAUGACCUCAAAAGACUACUACUUUGACUCUUAUGCCCACUUUGGUAUACAUGAGGAGAUGUUAAAGGAUGAAGUGAGGACACUCACCUACCGCAAUUCCAUGUACCACAACAAGCAUGUGUUCAAGGACAAAAUAGUUCUGGAUGUUGGAAGUGGCACUGGGAUCUUAUCCAUGUUUGCAGCCAAAGCAGGAGCAAAGCAUGUGUAUGGGAUUGAAUGUUCCAGUAUUUCAGAGUAUUCAGAAAGGAUCAUCAAAUCCAACCAUCUUGACAGCAUGAUCACCAUCAUCAGCGGAAAAGUGGAAGAGGUGGAGCUCCCUGUGGAGGAAGUUGACAUCAUUAUAUCCGAGUGGAUGGGUUAUUCUCUUUUCUACGAAUCCAUGCUGAACACUGUCAUCUUUGCCAGGGACAAGUGGCUGAAACCAGGUGGACUAAUGUUUCCCGACCGUGCCUCUUUGUAUGUGUUGGCCAUUGAGGACAGGCAGUAUAAAGACUUCAAGAUUCAUUGGUGGGAGAACGUGUAUGGCUUCGACAUGACUUGUAUCCGCAAUGUGGCAAUGAAGGAGCCUCUGGUUGACAUUGUGGACCCUAAGCAGGUGGUGACCAACGCCUGCCUUGUCAAGGAGGUGGACAUCUACACAGUGAAGCCUGAAGACCUUUCUUUCACAUCAGCAUUCUGCCUGCAGAUCCAGAGAAAUGACUACAUCCAUGCACUGGUUACAUAUUUCAACAUCGAAUUCACCAAAUGUCACAAAAAAACUGGUUUCUCUACUGCUCCUAAUACUACAUACACACACUGGAAGCAGACCGUGUUCUACCUGGAGGACUACUUAACUGUGCGAAGAGGAGAGGAAAUCACUGGCAGCAUUGCAAUGAAGCCAAAUGACAAAAAUAUUCGGGACUUGGACUUCACCUUUGAGCUGGAUUUUAAAGGACAACUGUGUGAGGCAGCGAUUGUCCACGAUUACAAGAUGCGCUAGUUUUGCAGGAAACAGGCAUUAAAGACACCUGCAAGAAGCAGAGGAAGUCUAGACCCUUCCUGGACCGGUUUCAAAUAGAAGGUGCAAUGAGGGCAGAAGGAUAGGCCAUUGUACAGAGGUGGUGGCCCCACUAACAACUUGCUAAAUAUGUUGCUAGUCAGGAAGCCAUGGGCACAGACUGUUAAACAACUUUGAAUGUAAUAGUGGGCAUGGGGAUUUUUCUAUCUUGUUCAGAGUUAGAUUCCUGCUUGGUGAAACGGAGUGAUGUAUCUGUGUUGUUUGUUUUUCACCAUAACUUGAAACUCAUCGGGUAGAGAUAUAUGUCAAAUGACUGUAGGGUCCACAUUUUGUUCGUAAGAUUUUUAUUUGAUUAGUUUUGACCCUGUGCUGGCUGUCAGAUAAACCAUUUGUACUUGUGUCAGUUAAAGCUCAGUAAUGGUGAAAAAAAAUAUCUGAGCUCAAAAGCAGCAGGGCUACUCUAAAUGUGUGUGUUCCGUGAAGGGUAUUGUGUUAAAUAGUUGGUGUACAGUGCUCAUACCUCGCGUCAUGGACAGUGUCAAAGGUGAAAGUGUUUCACAAUCCGUACUGUAAUUCUUCUUGUCGUUAGCUGGAAAAGGUAUGUUUUAUAUGUCUGGUAUUGUUUGACCUGCUUCGAUGUCUACAAGCGUAGUACGUGAUCCAGUACAAGGGCUGUAUAAAAAAAUAUAUGCUUAACAAAAUCAGGAUGAUGCUGUGUAGGUUUGCACCACUGGAAAUUACAACUAUAAUAAUAAAAAGAUAUUGGCUUGCUAAAGUAUUUAGCCCUUUGAACGUUUUGAACUUUUCAGGCUUCAAACAAAGACAUUUUUUUAGGGUAAACAAUCAAUACCAUAUGGGGACACAAUUGUGAAGUGGGGCGCAAUUCAAAUGAUAUUUUCGACUUUUUAAAUAUAAACUGAAGUGGGGUGUGCAAAAUUAUUUAGCUACUAUGAGUUAAUACUUUGUAGAAUCCCCUUUUACUGUUAUUAUAGCUCCGAAUAUUUUUGGUAUAUGUCUCUAUCAGUUUUGCACAUUCCAUGAACUGAAAUUUUGAACCAUUCUUUCUUUCAAAACAGCUCCAGCUAAAAUAGAAUAAAUGGAGAGCAACAGUUUCAGAUUUGACAGAUUAUUGUAUUCAGAUCGAGACUUUGAGUUGGUCAUUCUAAUACCAGGAUAUUUGUAGUUUUUAACUAUUCCAUCCCAUGUCAAUUUUGUUUCAUGUUUACGAUCAUUGCUUGUUCGAAUGUAAAAAAAUAUAUAUAUAUAUAUAUAUACGUAUAUAAAAAAAUAAAAUUUGCAGUUAGCCGAAAUUCUUCAAUCUUAGUCUCAUCUGAUAAGAGCACCUUCUUCCAAAUGUUUGCCAAGUCUUCCUGGUGACUUGGCAAACUUCAAAUGAGACUUUUUAUGGUUGUCUAUGACAAAUAACUUUCUUCAUUACUUUUCAUUUCAAUAUGAUUUCUUGACGACGCUGUAUGAGAUUUUUAAAGAUGGUGAAUUCUUUCGAUGUCUUAAUCUGUUUUAAAACUUUAAAAAUCCUCAGGGAACUUCUGGGACGAAGAGCAAAGGUGCAAAAUAAUAUUACGUGUCCCAAUUUUCAGUUUUUAUUUCGAAUAGAAAGUUUAAACAUUGAUUAAUUUUGUUCCACUUCACAAUUGUUUCCCAUUUAGUGUUGAUUCUUUACACAAAAAAUCUAAUGUUAGCUAUAUCUUUGUAUGAAGCCUGACAUGUGGCAAAAGGUCAAGGGGGUGAACACUUUCGCAAGCCACUGUGCGAUGAAAAGUCCUUCUAAAGGCCUUUCUUAAAUAUCGCUCUUGUAUUGGAUCCUCUAUGAAGAGUCUUUUUCCCCUUAAUGCCUUUACUAAGUUCCCAAGUGUUCCUGAUUCAAUUUCUUGAUGCUGCAUUUACAUGACUUAAUUCAAGGUACACUUUAGUUGGUCAUGUCAAACCUUUUAGAGUUAAACUGUUUCACCCCCCCUGUCACCCAAAAAAAUGUGAACCUGGCAAUUAGGCAAAUCUAUUAAAAUCUACACAUUAGACACUCAACAAUAGGCUUUAACUUGUACUUUGUAGUGAAGAUAAGAGAAUUUUACGGAAUGUGGCUCAGAUAUUCCGAUUAAAGACUUUUUAAUGAAAGCCUCAAAAGGCGUGUUGAAUAUAAAAUAAGUAAUUUAAUAAGAAAUAUGUGAUUAAUGUUAAAAAGAUUGACUUUGUAGCUGUUUUCUGAAUGUGAACAGCUCUUGUACUUGAACCCUGUGUACUUCACAGAAUCAUGGCUGGGUGCUUCACAUAGUCACAUAGUAAACAUUUAAAGUAAUCCUCUAUGGCUUAGAAUAUAUUACUUACUGGGAACUUUUGGGAAUGUCUAGUCCAGGGGUGUCAAACUCAUUUUUGUCACAGGCCGCA